CGCCGCUGAGUAAGGCGGAAGUGUGGGCUCCCGGCAGCAGCGGCGGUCUCUGGGCAGCGGGAGGCAGGCUCCCGGGACCGGAGGGCCGAGCCGGGAUGGCGGCGGCGGCGGCCGGGCCUGGGAGCGGGUCCUGGGCGGCCCAGGAGAAGCAGUUUCCGCCGGCGCUGCUGAGUUUCUUCAUCUACAACCCGCGCUUCGGACCGCGCGAAGGCGAGGAGGAAAAUAAGAUUUUGUUCUAUCAUCCAAAUGAAGUCGAAAAGAAUGAAAAGAUUCGAAACGUUGGAUUGUGUGAAGCAAUUGUACAGUUUACAAGGACCUUUAGCCCGUCUAAACCUGCAAAAUCUUUACAUACACAGAAGAAUAGACAGUUCUUCAAUGAACCAGAAGAAAGUUUCUGGAUGGUCAUGGUUGUCCGGAACCCUGUGAUUGAAAAGCAGAGUAAAGACGGGAAGCCAGCUGUUGAAUACCUGGAGGAGGAAUUGUUGGACAAGGUCUACAGCGCAGUGCUACAGCAGUGCUACAGCAUGUACAAGCUUUUUAAUGGCACAUUUCAGAAAGCCAUGGAAGAUGGAGGUGUCAAGCUCCUAAAAGAAAGAUUAGAGAAAUUCUUCCAUCGGUAUCUGCAGACGUUGCACUUGCAGUCAUGUGACCUACUCGACAUUUUUGGUGGCAUCAGCUUCUUCCCCCUGGAUAAGAUGACUUAUCUGAAAAUCCAGUCUUUUAUUAACAGAAUGGAAGAAAGCCUCAGCAUAGUCAAAUACACUGCCUUCCUGUAUAACGACCAGCUCAUCUGGAGUGGAUUAGAGCAGGAUGACAUGAGAAUUCUGUACAAAUACCUCACGACGUCUCUGUUUCCAAGGCACAUUGAACCUGAGUUGGCGGGAAGGGAUUCUCCAGUAAGGGCAGAGAUGCCGGGAAAUCUUCAGCACUAUGGAAGAUUUCUUACAGGACCCUUGAACCUUAAUGACCCAGAAGCAAAAUGCAGAUUCCCCAAAAUCUUUGUGAACACAGACGACACUUACGAAGCUCUCCACUUGAUCGUUUACAAGGCCAUGAGCGCAGCCGUGUGCUUCAUGAUCGACGCUUCCGUGCAGCUCACACUGGACUUCUGCCGGAGACUGGACAGCAUCGUGGGGCCCCCGCUCACCGUGCUGGCCUCAGACAUCUGCGAGCAGUUUACCAUCAACAAGAGGACAUCUGGAUCUGAAAAAGAACCCCAGUUUAAGUUCAUCUACUUCAACCACAUGAACCUGGCAGAGAAAAGCACCAUUCACAUGAGGAAGACGCCCAGCGUGUCCCUCACGUCUGUCCAUCCAGAUCUAAUGAAGAUUCUGGGGGAUAUCAACAGUGAUUUCACUAGAGUGGACGAAGACGAAGAGAUCAUCGUGAAAGCCAUGAGCGAUUACUGGGUUGUCGGGAAGAAGUCUGACCAGCGGGAGCUCUAUGUCAUUUUGAAUCAGAAAAAUGCAAACCUCAUUGAAGUGAAUGAAGAGGUAAAGAAACUUUGUGCCACGCAGUUCAAUAACAUCUUCUUCCUGGACUGACCAGAAGAGACUCGCGGAGAUGUCUUCCUACAAAGGGCUCAGCAGGCACUCGGUUAACCACUGCAGGCUCCUGGUCCUGUUGUUGACUGGACAGAUGACAAUAGUAAAGCAAUACUUGCUUCAAAGAAUCAAAUCUCUACUCAGUCCGAUGAUGCUCUGAGGUUUUUAGAUUUUAAAUGUUUGUGCGGACUUAAUUCGACGUAGCCGACCACUUAUCAUUCCAUUCUUUUGACAUCAUGUGAAUAUUUUACUGGAAAAGUAAGAUGAAUAAAUUGUUAAAAAGUUUCUAAAA